UCCAUACAGCCUCCAGCCGCGCAGAGCAGUGUCGACGCAGGGGGGCGGUUCGGUUCAGAGAUGGGAGGCCCGGAGCUCCAGCUGGUGUUUAGCUCAUGACGCGGGAUCAGGUGGAGGAAAAUCUCCUUACAGAGGAGAGGGGACAGAAAAAUACAGGGGAGGCAGUGAAGGCAACACUGCGCUGCCAGAGCACCAACUAACACCGCAGCGCUAUCACCAGCUCCGUCACCCGGACAACAGGCGGCAUCGACCGGCUACCUGUCCCGGUGUGGGUCUGUGUUUGAGGAAGCACCUUCCAGGAAUCUGUGGAGCGGCAGCAGGCGGAUCUCUAAGGGGUUUAUUCUGAGGUUGACAGGAAGCGGCAGGAUGCUGUGGCUGCUGCUCUGUCUGCUUCCUCUGGUGGGCUGCAGCCGGAUCAUCGCUCAGGACGUCACUUCCAAAGAAAAACACAGCUACGGCGAGUCUGAAGAUGAAGUUGCCGUGACAACAAGGCCUCACAUCUACUUCUGCCGCUCGCCCAACAUGGAGGACUUCACCUGCUGGUGGCAUCCACUGGACAACCUGACAGACGCAGCCGAGGUCACCUACGUCCUCACCUACUCCAAAGAUAAAGGUCUCAGACAUGAAUGUCCAGACUACGUGACUGCCGGCCCCAACAGCUGCCACUUCGACAGCAGCCACACGUCCAUAUGGAAGAUCUACUGUAUGAACGUGACCGCCGUCACCGCUCAUAAGAACUACACCUCCCAGGAGCACUGCCUGGACGUGGCAGACAUAGUUCAGACUGAAGCUCCGGCCAACCUGACCUACACGCUGACAGAUGCCGGCGGGGAUGAAAUGGGCCACAGAGCGCUGCUGUCCUGGACGUACCCGGUUCCCUCAGACCUGAAGCACGGCUGGAUCACGCUGGUGUACGAGCUGCAGUACAGACGCGUUACUGAGCCCGACAACUGGAAGGUGAAACACCCUCUGCGUGAGCCCCACGUGGAGCUGCUCGGCCUCCCUGUCGGCGACUACGUGAUCAGAGUUCGCUGCCGCUCGCACAACUACGGCCUGUGGAGCAAAUGGAGCUCCACGCUGUUAAUGAGCAUCCCCGCCAGACCGCCGGCAGGUAAACUGCUGGUGCUGAUCCUGGUGAUGGGCGUGGGCGUCGUGGCUCUGCUGGUCAUCGCCUUUGGUGUAAUUCCACAGAGCAAAAGAUUAAAAGAGUACUUCCUGCCACCAAUCCCCAAGCCGCGCAUCAUCGGCAUCGACCCUCUGCACCUGAAGAAGGGAAACCUGGAUGAAAUCAACCGUCACUUCAGUAACUUCCACAGCUACAGAUCUCCGAGCUACACAGAGGAAGUCUGGGACCAGGUCAGCUCCGAUGACGUGUAUCUCACCACGCCAAAGGACUGCAGCGUCCCGGCCGACCCCACGGACAGGGAGAAGGACGCCUUAAUGGUUCCAUGUGACCUGACGCCUGUAGCCGCCCAUCAUCAGCUUACAACCCAAAGCCUGACAUCGUACGUGCAGAGCGUGUCGCCCUACUGCUCCUCCCCUCCGGAGGCCUUCACCCCGUUGCUGGAUGUGCCCUCCCUGUGGCCGAGGCCUGAGAUUAUGUCGCUGCCGGGGACGGACUACAGCGUGAUGGGACAUCCUAACUCUGUCCCUGCUCCUGAUGCGACCGCUGUUACCACCAGUUGCUCGCCACAGGAUUUCUACACCUGCGUCCAGCUCAUGAAUGAAAGCGGCGAAGUGCAUCUGGUGCCGUGCUUGCCGCCACCAUACUGCCGGGAGUUCCCGCCUUUGCCGGGGGUCGAUUUAGACGCAGGUGAAAAAGAUGAGAAGAAGAAGAAGAAACUAGCCGACUACCAAGCCAGGAAGAACAGGAAUGAGCGGAAAGACGGCGGCGACGCUGAGAGGAGCGGAGCAGCCGUCCCUCUCCUGCCUGCUGCUGUUGACAACAAGGGCUGAGUGACAGGAAGCACAUCCACAGUAGCACAGUCACACUCUGGAAACUGUCGCCAUGUGCGAAGAGAGAGUCUGCUGUGAUCUGCGGGACGUCAGCCUCCUUAGCUUGCAAAUGUCCAGACCUCUCACUGAAAACAAGCCAACAAACAGAUGCUGUUUCUGAGGACAAAACACACACACACACACACACACUACAAACUCUUCAAAUCACCAUUUGUGGUGCAGUAACAAGCGUUGUAUUUAGGUGACCGACACGUUUUCCUUUGCAAAUGUUCCUCUGCACCGUAACUCGUUUGUGUCUCUGGCGUCUCUGCUCACCUGUCCUGCUGCAGUUAUUCUUUAGGGGACCAAACCUGCUGCUGUUAGAGCUUCAAUGUAAAAAUCCAGUUUCAGGUGAACGAAGCCUGAAGAGCAAAAAUCAAAAUCCAAACUGAAGCACUCCACGCAGUCUGUCAGACCUGAUGGAAGCUGCCUCCUGUAAACUCCCACAUCACCACGUGCUGCUUCUCCCAAACCGUGGUCGUCUCUGCAGAGCUUCACUUUCAGGGUUGUUUGUCUUUCUCAGGAAAAAGAAAUCAAAGUGCAGUGUCACUGGAUGUUUCAGGUCUGUUAGAGAGAGAUUAACUUCUGGGUACCUUCAGCAUUCAGACCCCGUUUCUCCGUUAGUGUGUUUACAUUCAUUAAUAUUCCAGAACUAUUAUCCUUACCUCGCUGUAGCUGGGAUAUGGCCUCUCACACAGGACAAUCAGCUUCUUUUGUGUAACCACAUAGAGAAACCUUCAGGCUUUGUGCUGUGUGGAAUGUACCGGUGAUGGAGACAGUGCUUGUGCUGUCCAACAAACCCCACAGGGUUUUCAUGUUCAGGAAAUGGGUUUAUUCCACUGUGCAUGCGAUGGUACUCACACGUGCCGGCUCAUUAUGGGGAUAUCUGAUUAUCCUGAACAUGAAAGGAAUAUUAAUCUGCGUGUGUCUCACUCUGAAUCUGUCUCAUUAUCGUGUCUCUGGCGUCAU